CGAGCGAGCGAGCGUGUGCAGAGCAACAGUGCAGUGCGGUCAGCGGAGCGGAGCGCUUGCGGAGCUGAAACGGAGGGAGAGAUGAUGGAGAGCAGAGAGACGGAGGGAGAGACACUGCAGCGCUCACCCAGCACACUCUCCAUCACACACUCCUCUAAGUUGCUGCGUCUGAAGCGCUCUCUCUCCUUCAUGCGUAGUAAAAGUGUGGAGAAUUUUUUCCAGCGCUCCUACAGUGAUGCCCGGGUUCCCCCGGACUUCCUCUCUGACCCGCCACCUCCGUCUCCACCCCUGCCAGGGUCACCAAUGCCUAGUGAUGGCUCUGCCAACCCGUCCCCCUCUGUCAGCCCCAAACCUUCUUUAAGCCCCUCCUCUUCGGUCCUGCAGCCUCGUCUAACCCAAACGCACUGCUUUCUGGACUACGUCUUCCGCCGGCCAACCAGCUGCCAGCUCUGCAAACACAUCAUUGUGGGGAAUUCUAAGCAGGGCCUGCGCUGCAAAACCUGCAAGAUAGCAGCUCAUCUGUGGUGCACCUCAGAACUCUCACAGCAGCCAUGCCAGGGCAAAGCUGGAAUGUUCAAGAGGAACUUCAGCACUCCUCUACUGGCCAGCGAUCAGCCGAGCGCAGUGAAGGACACUCAGACCACACCAGAUGCGCGAGGGCGAGUGGACCCUGUGUAUGCCACGCUACGAUACGGAACGUCUCUGGCUCAGAUGAGCCGGUCCAGUUUCGGAAGUGUGUGUGAGUCUCCCACUCGCAGCCUGGGUGACGGAGGGGACGAGAAGGUGGAGGGAGAGAUGGAGACGGAGGAAGGGCCGAGCGAAGACACAGAGAACGCAGAUCUUCCCCCACCAGAGAGCGUGAAGACUGAAGUGGAGGACACAGUGAAGGUUCCUAAAGUUCAUGCUAUCCACACUUACGUUGCCCUCUACAAGUUUCUGCCCCAAGAACAGAAUGACCUACAACUACAUCCUGGUGACAGGGUGCAGGUCACUGAUGACUCUAAUGAAGAGUGGUGGAAGGGGAAAAGUGGAGACCGGGUGGGCUUCUUUCCUUCUAAUUUUGUCCAGCGAGUGCGUCCAGGUGAGCGAGUGUGGAGGGUCACCCAGGCUGCCCAAGGUGACCGACAGCUGGGUCACAUGGCUGUUAAGGAAGAUCAGAUCUGUGUGGGGAAGAAUGAGGACAGUGAAGGAUAUUUGAAGCUGUGCAGUGGGAAAAAACGAGGACUGGUGCCCACUCGCUCUCUGGAGGAAAUCUGACAUUCUGGAGGUGCUCCAGCCUUGCAUUUCAGACUUUACUGUCCCAUAGCCUCAAAAACACCCUACCCAACAGUGCUGAUCCAGUGGUAACCUAACAGUGACCCAAUGGUAACUCACCAGUGACCCAAUGGUCACCCAUGGUAACCCAACAGCGACUUCAUGGUGACGCAGCAGUGACCCUAUGGUAGCACACCAGUGAUCCAGUGGUCAACCAGUCAUAACCCAACAGUGACCCAGUGGUAGCCCAACAUUUAGCGAGAGGUAACCAAACAGCAACCCAAGUGAGACCCAAUGUCAACCCAACAGCAACCCAGUGGUGACACAAUAGUAACCCAGCAGCAGUCCAAUGGUGACAGAAUGGUAACCCAACAAUGACCUAAUAUUGACUCAGUGAUUACCAAUCAAUGUCCCAAUGGUAGCACAAUGACCCAGAGGUGACUCAAUGCUGACUCAACAAUGACCCAGUAUUGACCCAGUGGUGACUCAACAAUGAUCCAAUGGUAGCACACCAAUGACCCCGAGGUGACCCAGUGGUAACUCAACAACAACCCACUGUUGAUCCAAAGGUAACCAAGCAGAGACCCAGUGGUGACCCGACAGUGACCCAAUGGUAGCAAUACAACGACCCCGGGGUGAUCCACUAUAUCUUUGGAAUGCUUUGAAUGCCUAAAGCUAGAACUACGGGUCUUCAGAAGUUGUGAGUGUGUCCUCAUUUUUAAGCCCCAUACACACCUUGACAACACACACACACACAGUAUGACUGUCAUUACCACCAAAUCAGGCUAGUAUGACCUGUCGUUUGGGUGUGUAUCCAGAGCGGACCAAACCUAUCCUGAUUUGAAGACCCCAUCCACAUCUGGCUUUGAAAGGCAUCCCAUAUCUGGACACCAUUGAGGAGACAGGAUGUAUACACGAGUGAGACCAGAAUGGGAUUAGAUCAGACAGUCUGAGGUGAUUAGUUGGUGUGGUGAUUAUAGUUGUGGAUAAAGUCCAGCUUUCUGUUUUCAGCCAUCAUGACUUCUACAGGACGAAACGUUCUGUUGAGGACUUCCAGACAGAUCCUAAUGCAGAUGCUGGAAUUAAAUGGAGGUGUAUCAGUCAGCUUUUGAAAUUAACACCCACCGCCUGGCACAUGUGGGUAAACUGUGGGGUUCAUGAGCAACGAUUUCACCCGUCAACUUUUUGGAUUAUUUUUUCAUCCAGACAUCGUGGUGUUGAAUUUUUCCCAUGCUCUGCCCAUAAAUAUGUUCUUUCCUACUGUUGGGAAGUUUUACAGAACUCAGACCAAAUUUAGAGUGCAUUAUCCAUGUCUGGAUAAGCAUAAUGAUAUUAGAAGCAUAUCAGUAUCAUGAGAUAUAUAUAUAUACACACACCGAGUCUGACUCUAAAUGUAGGUAUUGUGAUAUAAACAGUCUGUUCUCCAUUAGGUUGAAAGGGAUUUUUACCAGCUUUCUGUAAAGCUGGUCCAGCAUAGCAACCAUAUCUAUGAAAGAACACAUUUGUGGGUGAGUGUCAGUCAAAUGUUUUCAGAAUGGUGUCCAGUGCAAACAUUUCAUUUUAAACAGAAAAAAUUUCACGUACCUCCUACAAGUGGCAGGUGGGGGAAAAAAAAUCGGACGCUGGUGUUAAUACACUGCCACUCUAUUGGAUUGUGAAUCCAUUACAUUGAUUGGAUCAGAAAAUAUGGACAUUAAUUUGAAGCGUAAACUGGGCCAAACACACACCUGUGGUCCAGCAUUUACAUUUCUGUCCAAAUUUUGCUUCUUUAAUUUAUUAGAGAUGCCAGAGAUUCCUCCAAACACUGGAAGCCAGUAGUCACCCAGACCAUUUGCGUAAACACAUGCAUGAAACCUCUCUCAAUCCGCUCAACCCAUAUCCAGUGGGUUUUAAUCCAGGUCGCUCAGGCAAGAUGUGGUUUAGAACACAAUGUGAACUAUACUAACGAAACAACAAGAAAAAAAUGACGUAUAAAUGAUGAUAACGUAGUUCCAAUUAUAGCUUAAGUGUAUAAAUAAGGCCAUUUUACAAAAACCUUUUGCUGUAUUAUGUCGCUGCUGAAAUAUAUGAAUAUUUUGGCAUAUAUUUCUGAAAACGGUUUGGGUGACUAUUGACUUCCAUUGAAGUGAGUGUAGUUAGCCUAACAGCUCCAGUCCUAAAGUAGAGAAGCAAAACAAACCCAAACAUCUCCAGUGUGAUCGACUGCUUUUAGGGUCGGUGGAAGAUCAUAUGAAUUAGAUUUUUCCCCCUGAACUGUUUCUUUAACACACAUGUGACUUUGACAUGUUUCUGCUUUGUCCUUCGCUUUAUCCUACGCAGUCCUAUAACGGUCCUCGGGCUUAAUUUAGCCUGACUCUGAUUUACAUCUCUAUUUCAGACCGUCCUCCUUUUAACGUUCCUUACGUUCAAGGACAGCGCGUGUGUUUGUGUAGUAAUCAGGGCACAAAAGCAGGUCAGAUUUAGUGGAUGAUAAAUCUGUGGCUGAGUAAGACUGGACAGUAAUGUGAUUUGCAGACUGUUGGGUUUUGUAGCUGUCGGCAGAGCCGCGGUACCUGCAGCUAAUCCAAUACUCCACUUUCAACACUGAACUGACAACUCAGACCUGCUUAGAAAUAUAAUAAAUACUUAAUAUUCACUUAAAACUUGGACUUUCACAUCACGCCCUCUUACCUUUUAGUUCUCCUCCAGGUGUAAAGCGAGCGUGAGGGGGAGAAAGGCACUGUACUGAAACAAGUGCGUACAUCACUUCCACAUGAAUAGAUUAUAUUAUAUCAACACUGUGAUGAACCCUUAGGGCCUUCUAGAUCUCCAGAGAAGGCCUGAUGAUUUCUCUGAGACAAGAAAUGCAUGUCUGUCAUGUUUAGUUCCUUUUUAUUCAGUGUCUUUUACAAGCUUCAAAAGCCCUUGUUUAACCCCGUAAACGGCCUGGGUGCAACAGUGGGCCCAAAAUUUUAUCACGCACUUCUAUAACUUAAGAAUAGCUCAGUCAGUUUGCACUGGAGUCCCUGGAGUUUCUGAAUAAUAAGCCUUAGUAUGAAAUAAACCUGAUAUUUUAAAAGGGUAAGUGUAGAAAAGGGCAAAAUUCAUGUUCAAGUGAAACGCUGUGAGCUUAGCACUAACAUAGUAUUGGAAAUCCCAUAGGGGCGCAGAAAUGAGGAGGUGUUUUCUCCUCGUUUUUAACCACGUUUUCGUGUUUAUGUCCUGAACUGAAGACCCAGCUCUAAUAGUCACAGUUCAGCACUGCCAACAGUAAAUAAGCUUUAUCCCUCUGGGGUUCCUCCUAAAUCCUCCUCUAAAGGCUCUUCAUAGAACAGGAUCCUCAUCUGUUUCAUAUCUAAACACUCUGUUAUCUUCAUCAAUACUUUCCAAACCCGCUGCAGCAGCUUCAGCAGCUGUAAACUCUCUGACACCAUUUAAUUCGAGUCUCAGAUAUGGACUGAAUAAAGAAUGAAGGGUUUCCGGCGUGACGGUCAGUCUUAAGUGAUCUCCUGAGUGUCCGUCGGUCAGUUUCACACAGAAUGUAGACGGACACACCAAUCCACCAGCUCCACACGGUGAGAGGCAGAUGACGUGUAUCUCAGCCCCUCUUCAUAGGCUCAUAACUCCGGAUAGGAGUCUCUAUGAUCUCGUGAUGAGAUGGAAUGGAAAGGGCGGUUCUACGGAUUCAGGAAGGGUUUGAACUGGAAUUCAGAGCUGGAUCAUCGUAAAGAGACCGACACAGAUGUAGAGAAAAUGAUGUGUGGGUGACUUUGUGGAUCCCAGAGGGUUAAAGGCUGAAUAGUGAUGAUAAAUUACAUUAAAAUUGUAAUAUAUUUUAUUCAUGUGGAAAUGAUUCAAUUUAACAGUUUCAUCAGUAUAUAAAUACUAAGAAAACACAUUAGCCAUGGAAUUCUUUUGUGUUCAAUCAGUUUAAUUAUUUGCAUUAUUACCGAGUGGCUGCAGACACACUGAGCUGACGUAAUAGUGCUGCUGCUCUCCAGACGAAGCAGAGAACAGACUGAUUAGUAAAUAAAGAGAAACUGCCAUAUUUUCAUUUUGAGAGAUUUCAGGUAUACGAAUUAAGACAAACUAAAAAAAUGAUACUGUACACGCUUCAAACAGGUGGUUCUAUAUAAAACCACCAACCCCUCAAAGGACAAUUUGCAUGCUUAAAUGUUCUCUGCAUGGCGAAAUGGUUCUAUAUGGUUCUACAUGGCACCAAAAAAGCAUCUGAUAUUUUUCUAAGC